UACGCAAGCAGGGAGUAGAGACGUAAGAGCAGAGACGGGGGCCAUUGUUCGCGUCUGGUUAGGAACAAAGGGUUUGGCUCCGUCUCUAGCUGGCUAGAUCCCCACUUUUCAACAUCUGGGUUGCUUAAAAAAAACGCGACUUUGUAAGUGCAAAAAUAACGAGACCGAGGACGUACUCAUUCGCUUUUACUUUUGUUUUGCUUUUCGUUUUGUUUCGGAGAGGAAAACGGAAAUAGCGACUACGCUGAAGGUGCUCCAAAUUGGGACGGCUAGCAUCCAAGCUAGCCUGCUAACACCGAGCAGUGCUUUUACUGUUGGAUAGAACACCGCGUUUCGGUGAAUCAUUCUGUGCAGGCUGUUCAUCUAAGUCGUUCAAGCUGUACUCCCCCAAGGAGCCCGGCCCUAACGGCAGUGCCUUCCCCCCCUUCCACCCCGGCACCAUGCUGGACAGAGACGUGGGGCCAACACCAAUGUACCCCCCGUCAUACCUAGAGCCUGGCAUGGGGAGACCUACACCAUACGGCAACCAGACAGACUACAGGAUAUUUGAGCUCAACAAGCGGCUACAGAACUGGACAGAGGACUGUGACAAUCUCUGGUGGGAUGCCUUCACCACAGAGUUCUUUGAAGAUGAUGCCAUGCUGACCAUAACCUUUUGUCUGGAGGACGGGCCCAAACGAUACACUAUCGGCCGGACAUUGAUCCCACGGUACUUCCGAAGUAUCUUUGAAGGGGGCGCCACUGAGCUGUUCUACACAUUGAAACACCCUAAAGAGUCAUUCCACAGUAACUUUGUGUCUCUAGACUGUGACCAGUGCACCAUGGUUACACAGAACGGCAAGCCCAUGUUCACACAGGUGUGUGUGGAGGGUCGUUUAUACCUGGAGUUCAUGUUUGACGACAUGAUGAGGAUCAAGACAUGGCACUUUAGCAUCAGACAACACAGAGAGGUCCUGCCUCGUAGCAUACUAGCUAUGCACGUGCAGGACCCUCAGAUGCUGGACCAGCUGGCCAAAAACAUCACAAGAUGUGGUCUGUCCAACUCCACACUCAACUACCUUAGGCUGUGUGUGAUCUUGGAGCCGAUGCAGGAGUUGAUGUCCAGACACAAGACCUACAGUCUGAGUCCCAGAGACUGUCUCAAGACCUGUCUCUUCCAAAAGUGGCAACGCAUGGUGGCCCCACCAGCUGAGCCGGCCAGACAAGCGCCCAACAAGCGGAGGAAAAGGAAGAUGUCUGGUGGAAGCAACAUGAGCGCUGGAGGAGGAAACAACAACAACAGCAAGAAGAAGAGUCCUGCUAACAACUUCCCCCUCUCCACACAGGUACCUGACGUGAUGAUGGUGGGCGAGCCCACUCUGAUGGGAGGGGAGUUUGGAGACGAGGAUGAGCGUCUGAUCACGCGGCUGGAGAAUGGCCAGUUCGACACGGCCAAUGGAGGGGGGGGCCUGGAGGACGAGGACAGUUUCGGCAGCUCCCCUGCCCUGGGGGGUGCGAACUCACCCUGGAACAACAACAAGACCCCCAACAGCCAGGACAGCAAGAACAACGACUCUCAGUCCUCACAGUAGAGCCACAACCAUAAACCCUAACUCAGCACCCAGAUACGCAACUCAUUUACCUGCUGAAUGAAUCGCUACUCACGCUCUCUCUCGCACAUGCUCAGUGGUAUUCAACCCCGGCCCUCUUCUCCUGGCUCCCCUCGCUUAUCAGCGCUAGGCCUGACUCUGCUCUUUUAGUGUCUGUGCUUACCGGUCAGAGUGUUUGAGUCAGAGCUGGAUUCUGCCUUUUAUGAUCACAGUGCUAGCCGUCACAGCCAUAUUGGCGGGUUCUUGUUCCAACCUCGGGUCUCUGGGUGUGUUGCCUUGACAACGUACCUCUGUUUCUGUUGUGCUCACCUCACAGGGAAGGAAUACCUAGCUUUAUUUAUUAGCUCUUAGAUUUAGCAGAAUAAAAAGUAUUGUGUGCACUACAGCAUAAAUCCAACGUUCAGUUUUUAAAAACGAAAUUAUUUGUUUUGUAGGACCUGGUUGGAACAAAAACCUGUACACUGCCGGAGCUUGAGGACCGGAGUUGAGAACCACUACGCUAAACCUUAAACACACACACAAGCAACACAUACACACACAUGCAAAUCUCAUACACACACAAGGGUACUGGAGAGCGGUCCUACUUCCCCACCUGGACCAGAGCGCCUGGCCAUACAGAAGUGGGUUUCAAUGUUCUAUGUUUUUAAUUUGAUUUCAAUUUUUUAUUUUUAUAUCAAUUUCUAAAAAUGAAACAGACAAGCAAAAACAAAGUAAAAAAAACACCCCUGAAUAUUCUUUGCACUUUUUUCCCACUAACUUCAAUCUAUUUUUCUUAUGAAUUGAUGGUGUUUUGUUCUUUUUUAUUAUGGCUUAUAUGAAGAAAUUGUAAAGAUUCAGAAACCUGUGACUGGAGAGGAGAAUCAACGGUAUAUACCUGUAUAAUUAUUACUGUUAGAUCAUUUGUAUUAUUGUGAUUGAUUACUACUUCUAUGUAAUAUUGUGUUUGUCUGAAUCAGUAUGUAGCCUGUCAGUGUCCGAUAUGGUUAUAACGAAGCCCAGUGUUUCUGAUCUGAAGGGAAAGGCCACCUCUUUAGUGUUCAAGGCUGUGCCUUUAAUGGCACCUAUUCCCCAUGUAGUGAACUAUUUUUGACAAGGACCUAUAGGGCUAUGGGCAAAAGUAGUGCACUUAGAGGAUAGGGUUGAAUCCCAAGUGGCACCCUAUCCUCUGUCUACUUAUCCGCUCAGUACCUUGCGUCCACACCUCAGACAAUGUUUGUUUCUCUCCGAUUUGCUACUUGAAACAUUUGAAGACAAUUUUGACAAGGCAUUGUAAGAUUUAAGAUAAACAUUGUGUUGUUUUCCCAAACAUUUUAUCACAAUUUUUGAAAGCUACAGACCAAGAAUUUACUUUGCAAGACCUUUUUGAACAUCGAUCCCCGACAUACUAUUGGUUUGUAUUAAGAAUCAUUUUUUGGGCUUCCCCCCCUCAUGUUUUAUGUGUCUUUGUGCUUGUAUAUUUAAAGGUAGUUUCUGUAUAAUUGUAAUUCUAUGUAUUCUGCCUUAGGGUGUUGAUCUAAUGCAUCUCUCUAAAGUAAAGAUACAAAAAUACAAUAAUUUUUGAACCGUUUGGAAAAUACAUUCAAUGAGCUUGGCUAUGAAUUUGGGUUCAACAUACAAUUUAUUGAUUUUUUAAAAUGUCAAUGGAGCCUGUCUGGCUUAAAUUCACAAGCUCAUGUACAAUAUCCAUGUCUUUGCCUCCAAUGUCAGAUGGUGGGCUGCUCUGGCUUUGUCGUCUAAAUUAUACUUUACCUUGUCAAUAACCCACACCAAUGUCACUUUAUCAACAUUCGGAUGUAUGAGAAGAGUAAAAGGGCAAUAAUUUCAAAUGGUGUAGCAUAUGUUUCUCAUAGUUAUCUUCACAUGAUUUUCAGUCAAGUCAAUACAGUGAUGAAUGAAUCCUCUGUUUUCUCUGUGCAUAGUUGGUGUAGAUACUAAGUUUCACCACAAGGGGUCUCUCCUGAGCUCCAUGACAAGUUGAGCAGCCCCCCAAGUCCACAGGACCAACCCUCCCAAGCUCUCUAAAUCCACCCAGACUUAACUGUACAAUGUUUGACUAUCCAAUCAUGUUUUCUAACAUCCAUAUCUUCUGGUCCAGCACUUCUGCAGUGACUGAAUAGAAAACUGAGGGCACGCCUCAAAUCACACCUGUUUCUCUAAAUAGGGCAUCACCGCCUGUGGUGUACUUAACUCAGUAAAAAAAUAAAUGUCCUCUCACUGUCAA